UCAAACCAUACCAUUGAUUCCUCAACAAUUUACUGUUCCUCCUUCAGUAGCAACAAGCAGCCGAUGUGUGGCAACUCGACGUUCCAAGUUUUGCGAAAUAUGGGGCCUUGCACGACAAGCUGCGCAACUCGCAGUUGAUUGUGAUGAUAAUGAGAUGAUUCAAUGGUUAAGAACUUUUAUUAAUCAAAAGAAACAUUGUCUAACACAAACUGAUGAAUGUGAAAACAGUGAUAAGGAAAACGAUUUGACAGUUGCCAAUCUACUGAUCACCAAACACAAAGGCAGACCCGGAACUAAAAGAUAUAAGGCUGCCAAGAGAAAUCAAGUCGUCAACCAUAUACUUGCCGUAGUUGUGGUAAAACUGGGCAUAAUAGCGCGAGAUGUCAAAAGAAAGGUG